AUGACCACGAGAACUCCCCCGUCGGAAGGUCAACAAGGUCGAGAUGAGGGAGGAGUAGCAGGUGGUGCUACAGCAGACGUUUGGGAGGUUUCUCCUCCGCCUCGUGGAAUUCCGAGCGAGAUCGCAUCCUCGGUGAAUGUGGCGGUGUCCCAGGCGUAUGAGACGCACAGAGCGGCGCUGUCGGAAAAUGUCAGCCGGACAUUGCAGGAGGAGAUCCGUCGCGGAUUCAUGGAGAUGAUGGCCAUGAUCAACGAGGUGGUCCAGCCGUUGAAGGAGACAGCGACCGCGGUCCAAGCGAUGCAGCAGCAGGCAAUGCGAGCGGACGUAGGCUAUGGCCAGGAGUCGGGAGCGUACCCCAGGGCGAAGCCAGAGGAUGAGGAACUCGUCAGACCCCCACCAAGACCUCCGAGAGCACACGGCAGCUCCGCAGGGAUGAAUGGCGGCGAGGGAUCGUUGCCGGCGUUUCCUGAUUCACAGCAGCAGCAAUUCCAGGCGGCGUACGGCCCACGUCGAGAUAGCGCCGAACGUUUCCGGGGCCCUGAAAGAAGAGAAGAGGGAGUUAGAGGGAUCCGAGUCGAGAAAUGGGAGAUAUUCUUUGACGGCGACCAAAACAAACUUGCCGUGGAAGAUUUUGUCUUCCGGGUAGAGUACCUCCAAAGACAGACUCGGUGUUCCUGGGACCAGGUGUUGGGUAGCUUCUACCAUCUGAUGCGAGGCCAGGCCGCCGAGUGGUACUGGCAUUAUGUACGAGAGAAUCCUCCGCAGACGUGGGAAGACCUGAAGGAGAGCUUGGUGGCCAGAUUCCGUGGAAUUGGUGGCGAGUUCGAACGGCGGCGAGCGCUCCAGGAUCGGCGGCAGCAGCAGGGCGAAUCUGUGGAGGAGUACUUCCGGGCGAUGCGUCGGCUGGGAAAUCGACUGCUGGCCCCCAUAGCGGAAACGGAAAUGGUCAGAAUCGUAAAAAAAGGACUUACCGCCGAGAUCGCCAGGUUCGUCUAUGCCCUGAGGGUAUAUAGCGUGGAGCAGUUGCGCGAGGAAUGCCUGGAGGUGGAGGAUGCCUUCAUGAAGCGGGACGUCCGACAACCAUACCGGGGACCGAACAAGUUCCAGCCGGGCGGACGCCAGGUGGAAGAGGUGACCUGCGACCCGCCGGAAGAUGAAAUCGGGCCGGAAGAUCCUGUCGUUGAGGAGGGUUCCCGGCCGAGGCUGAGAGCGGAAGAUUUUCUGCUACCGCUGCGGGAAGCCGGAAGUGGUGACGCCGAAUUGCCCGGUGUGUACGGGAAACGGGAGGACGAGCGCCGGGAAAGUGGGAGACCCGCGCUCGAGAUACAGGCCCAACCGCAACUGAAUAGUAAUCUCGAGACGCCGAAGCAGACCUCUAAAAUAGUAGUUAAUCAUAAGAUAGACAUUAAUAGCAAUAGUCUAAGAUAUUUACCGGCAGAGGAACGGAUGGAAAGGUACCUCGAGGUCAGGAACCGGAUUUUUGACAAUAACCAGCUGAACGGGAUGCGAAGCGUCAGUCGGAGACUGUUGAAGGCCAGAGCCCGCUUCAGGCAGAGGCACCAGACCCGACGAGCCGUGGUGGAAGCCGUUCGCCGAGGUAUGGGAGAGGAUCCCAGAGUAUUUGCGGAGGUCCUCAUCCAGGGCAAGCGAGUUUCCGGGUUGCUGGAUACAGGCGCUUCCAUCAACGUCCUCGGGAAAGGCAGCCGAGAGUUGCUGGAGGAGAUCGGCGUGGGGAUGGAGAAGUACCUGUCCAUCGUGAAAACCGCUGCGGGAGAAGACAGGUCAAUCAUAGGGCGAGUACAAGUGCCCGUGCAAUAUAAGGGUGUGGAGAAAAUACUCACCUUUUAUGUGUGCCCGUAUCUGGAACAGGCAAUGUACCUAGGGAUCGAUUUCUGGAGGCGAUUCGCGUUGGCACCGGCCAUCCUCGGAGAGAUGCCAUCACCGAAACCGAAGGCGAGCGUUGCGGAAUUAUGGGACGCAACGAAUCCGUGGCUCGAUGGCGAGGCCGACAAGAAGUCCGUGCUUGAAGAAUGGGACCUGGAAGAGGAGGAAAAGAAGCAGUUAGAAACGGUGAAAAAGGAGUUCCUUGCGUUUGAAGACGUCGGACUAGGGAAGACAGCGGUGGAGAAGCACCGUAUCCAGCUUGUGGAAGGAGCAGAACCUUUCAAGGAUCGACAUUAUCCUCAGUCGCCAGCGAUGCAGGAGAUCGUAUGGACGGAAGUCGACAAGAUGUUGGAACUUGGCGUUAUCGAAGUCAGUGAGAGUCCGUGGAGUAACCGCACGACAGUGGUGCGAAGGCCGGACAAAAACAGAUUCUGUCUGGACGCGAGGAAGCUCAAUAACCUCACCGUGAAGGACGCGUAUCCGUUGCCGUGCAUAGAGGGAAUCCUGUCCAGAAUCGAACAGACGCACUAUAUUUCAAGUGUCGACUUGAAAUUCGCAUUCUGGCAGGUGGAACUGCAUCCCGAGAGUCGUCCAUACACGGCGUUCACGGUCGCUGGAAGGCCCUUGUACCAGUUCGCGAUGAUGCCGUUCGGGCUAUGCAACGCGGCGCAGAGGCUCUGCCGUCUGAUGGACAAGGUCAUUCCCGCUCAACUAAGGUCCAACGUUUUUGUUUACCUUGAUGACCUGCUGAUCAUCGCUCCAGACUUCGCGACGCACUUAAAAUAUCUUCGGUUGGUUGCGGAUUGCCUGAAAAAAGCAAAUUUGACGAUAGGGUUAAAGAAGUCCAAAUUUUGCUACAGGGCAUUGAAGUACCUGGGGUUCAUCAUCGGCGGAGGAGCAUUACGAAUGGAUCCGGAAAGAAUCGUCGCAAUCCAGAAGAUUCCCGAGCCGAAGUCGGUGAAGGAGCUGCGUAGUUUCCUUGGAACUGCGGGGUGGUAUCGCCGAUUCAUCAAGGAUUUUGCAGCCAUGGCGACGCCACUCACGAACGCCCUGAAAAAAGGAAAGAACACGCGAUUAGUAUUGGACGAAGAGGCCAAGAGCGCGAUACAAGCGUUGAAGACGGCUCUUACAUCUGCUCCGGUUCUGGUCCAUGCCGACUUCAAACGUCCGUUUUUCGUCCAGUGCGAUGCGUCGCACCAUGGUGUGGGGGCUGUCCUGUUCCAGUACGACGAGGACAAACACGAGCGUCCGAUAGCGUUCUUCUCUGCAAAAUUGAAUAAACACCAGUUAAAUUAUUCGGUUACAGAGAAGGAGUGCUUGGCAGCAGUACUUGCCAUCGAAAAGUUCCGGCCGUAUGUGGAGCUCAUGCCGUUCACGGUGAUCACCGACCAUGCCAGCCUGAAGUGGUUGAUGACCAUGAAAGACCUCAGUGGACGCUUGGCGCGUUGGUCUCUCAGGUUGCAGAACUUCGACUUCCAAAUUUCGCACCGGAAGGGUGCAGAGAACGUGGUAGCCGAUACGCUGUCCAGAUACGUAGAAGAACUAGAGCUGGAUGCUGACGACGCUCUCGGAUUCACGACGACGGAGUUCGAAUCUGAAGGAUACAAGGAAAUACGAGAUGAGAUACUGGCAAAUCAGGUGCGCCUACCGGAUGUUCGCGUGGAAGGGAAUCUCAUUUUUAAACGCCUGGGGUUCAGCAGAUUGGAGGACGAAGUCGAAGGAGGGCCAUGGAAACUGUGGAUUCCUGUCUCACUGACGGCCGGGAUGAUCGCGACGGCCCAUGAGGAACCGACGUCAGGACACGGAGGGGUGAAGAAGACGCUGCAGCGCCUCCAACGGCAAUAUUACUGGCCGGGGAUGACGACACAAGUCCGAGACUUCGUGGGUCGUUGUAUUCAGUGCAAGGAGGCGAAGGCCCCGAAUUACCGCACACAAGUCGGGAUAGGGCAGGAAGUGGUGACGGAAAGGCCAUUCCAAAAGCUAUAUAUAGACUUUUUAGACAAAUAUCCGCGGUCUAAGCAAGGGAAAGCCUGGAUAUUUGUGGUGGUGGACCAUUUCUCCAAGUUCACGUUCCUCAAAUCUAUGAGGGAAGCCACCGCCACGAACGUCGUCGAGUUUCUGGUGCACGAAAUAUUCUUCAAGUUCGGCGUACCAGAGGUGAUCCAUUCGGACAAUGGCAAACAGUUUGUCUCAAAGGCGUUUCAGGAUAUGAUGGAGGCAUAUGGAAUACAGCACACGAGAACGGCAGUAUAUUCUCCGCAAAGCAACGCGGCAGAAAGGGUCAACCGGACAGUUCUGGCCGCGAUCCGGACGUAUCUGGAGCGAGAUCACAGAGAAUGGGAUGCAUUUCUGCCGGAGAUCGAAGUCGCGAUCCGAAACUCGAUCCAUGAGGCGACGGGCGUGACCCCUUUCUUUGCGGUGUUCGGGCAGCAAAUGUACCUCCACGGCAGCUGCUAUAAGUUGGCCAGAAAACUGCAGUCGAUGACAGAUCAUGAGGUAGCCACUCUAAACUCCCAGGACAAGCGAAGCAUCAUCCGCGAACGCAUUAAGGAGCACCUGCAUCAGGCGUACGAAAGGAGCAGCCGGCAGUACAACAAGCGCGCCCGUGAGUUCCACGUAAAACCAGGCCAAGAAGUAUACCGGCGAAACUUUACACUGAGCGAUUUCGGAAAGAACUACAACGCCAAGUUCAAAAAAAAAAAAAACAGACGAUCAGGAGGCAGACCCGGACCAGGAAAACCGAAUAUUGGACAGAUCCAGGAGGCAGGACAUCCAGAAAUCUACAGGGGUCUCUAUUGUCCUUGUCGAGGGUUGUCCGGGGAGGAAAUCCCGGCCAAAUCUUCCGCCGACGCGGAUAACAAAACCGGCAAAUCCCAACCUCCAAUCCCCACCAGGAAUUACAUAAAUUGCACCGACCUAGAUCAAGGAAAUAAAGAAAACAUAAAUCACGUGAUAUUUUUGCCGUCCUCAUUUCUUUAAAUUGAUU